AUGCAGCUCGUCGCGUGCCCGUCGCCUUCGCUCCGCCCGUCGCCUUCACUUCUCCCCCGUUGCCUUCACUUCUCCCCCGUCGCCUUCACUCCCCCCCUCUUUCGUUGCCUUCAUUUCCCCCUCCCGUCGCCUUCACUUCCCCCUCCCGACGCCUUCAUUUCCCCCUCCCGUCGCCUUCAAUUCCCCCUCCCGUCGCCUUCAUUUCCCCCUCCCGUUGCCUUCAUUUCCCCCUCCCGUCGCCUUCACUUCCCCCUCCCGUCGCCUUCACUUCCCCCUCCCGUCGCCUUCACUUCCCCCUCCCGUCGCCUUCACUUCCCCCUCCCGUCACACUCGCUUCCCCACCCGUCACCUUCACUUCCCCUCCCAUUGCCUUUCACUCUCUCCUGCUCAAUCUCUUUCCCCCUGCUCACUCUCUUCCCCCCUGCUCACUCUCUUUCCCCCUGCUCACUCUCUUCCCCCCUGCUCACUCUCUUCCCCCUUGCUCACUCGCUUCCCCCCUCCUCAAUCUCUUCCCCCCUGCUCACUCUCUUUCCCCUUGCUCACUCUUUUCCCCUCUGCUCACUCUCUUCCCCCCUGCUCACUCUCUUCCCCCCGGCUCACUCUCUUCCCCCGUGCUUACUCGCUUCCCCCCUCCUCAAUCUCUUUCCCCCUGCUCACUCGCUUCCCCCCACCUCAUUCUCUUUCCCUCUGCUCACUCCCCUUGUUCUAACCCCACUUUCCCCAUUUCUCACCCAUUUCCCCCCUUCACGCUCUCUUACCCUCUCUGCUCGCCCCUGUUUUCCCAACUCACGCCUAUACUCACUCUCUCCCCCUCUGCUCACUCUCUUCCCCCCCUGCUCACUCUCUUUCCCCUUGCUCACUCUCUUUCCCCCCUUCUCACUCUCUUUCCCCCUUCACGCUCUCUUUCCCUCCCUUCCGCACGUUGCCCCCCUUCGUCUUGCGCUCGUCCCCUCGCAAUCCCCGUCUCUCUCUCCCCCCGUCGCCCUCGUUUUCCCCGUCGCCCUCCCUUCCACUCCUCGUUGCCCUCGCCAUCCCUCCCUUCUCCCUUCCCAUCUCGCACACUUGUUACGCCCCCUUUCCAACCCGCACAUACACCCUUCCCUUCUUCCCUGUUUCCUCGUAUCCCCUGCGCUGCUUCCCCCCAUCCUCCGACUUGCUCCCCCCAUCCCCUUCCCUGCUUCCCCCCAACCCCUUCCCUGCUCCCCCCCAUCCCCUUCCCUGCUUUCCCCCUUCCCCUUCCCUGCUUCCCCCCGUCCCCUUCCCUCCUUCCCCCGUCCCCCUCCCGGCAUCCCCCCAUCCGCUUCCCUGCUCACCCCCAUCCCCUUCCCUGCUCCCCCCCAUCCCCUUCCCUGCUUCCCCCUAUCUCCUUCCCUGCUUCCCCCUAUCGCCUUCCCUGCUCACCCCUGCUCCCUCUGUUUCACCCUUGCUCCCUCCCCUUCUUCUCUGCUCACUCUCUUCCCCCUUGCUCACUCUCUUUACUUCUGCUCACUCUGUUCCCCCCUGCUUCCUCUCUUCCCCUCUGUUCAAUCUGUCCCCUGCUGCUUCUUCUCUUCCCCUCUGCUCAUUCCGUUUACUGUCUUUCCCCCAUCACUCACCCCCAUACCCCCCAAUGCAGUUACAGAAAGGGGUGGGGCGGAAUGGAGUGGGGCAGAAAGGGGUGGGGCGGAAUGGGGUGGGGCGGGGCGGAAUGGGGUGAGGCGGAUUGGGGAGAUGAGGGAUGGGGAGAUGAGGGAUGAGGAGAUGAGGGAUGGGGAGGUGUGGGAUGGGGAGGAGAGGGCUGGGGAGGAGAGGGAUGGGGAGGUGAGGGAUGAGGAGGUGAGGGAUGGGGAGAUGAGGGAAGGGGAGAUGAGGAAUGGGGAGAUGAGGAAUGGGGAGAUGAGGGAAGGGGUAAUGAAUGAACGUGUAUGCGACGGAAGGGUGCUGCUGACCACGCACCCUCCCACACCCCACGCGAUGGGAAGGGAUGAGAGGGUGGGCGGCAUGGGUAGAGAAGCGAUGGUGAAUAGGGGGAACGUGAUGGGCAGGGGAGUGAUGACGACGUGGAGAGAGGAGGAGAGAAGGGAGGUCGGCGGGAAGGCUAAGCGAGGACGAUGGGAGGGCAAGCGUGGGCGACAGUGGCGGUGGGCGACGGUGGCGGUGGGCGACGGUGGCGGUGGGCGACGGUGGGGAGAAGCGUGGGCGACGGUGGGGGGAAGCGUGGGCGACAGUGGGGGGAAGCGUGGGCGACGGUGGGGGGAAGCGUGGGCGACGGUGGGGGGAAGCGUGGGUGACGGUGGGGGGAAGCGUGGGCGACGGUGGGGGGAAGCGAGGGCGACGGUGGGGGGAAGCGUGGGCGACGGUGGAGGGAAGCGUGGGCGACGGUGGGGGGAAGUGUGGGCGACGGUGGGGGGAAGCGUGGGCGACGGUCGGGGGAAGCGUGGGCGACGGUGGGGAAAGCGUGGGUGA